AUGACCAAAUCCUUCAUUUUAGCGAGAGGUCCAGUUGGUACCAAGAGCUCUCGGGUAAUUUACCUGCAAGCCUCCAUCUGUGGGUGUGGCCCCGUAGCUGUGCAAUAUCUUCAUGGUCUGAUUUGUUUCCCACCCCUCCAGGUUCACAAUCUUCAGGAGUUGCGGCAGAGUGCCUCGUUGGCAACAAAAGUCUUCAUCCAGCGAGACUACACAGAUGGCAUCCUGUGCCAAUUUCAAACCAAGUUUCCGCCAGAGUUGGAGAGUCGGGUUGAAAGACACUACUUUGAAGAAACAGUGAAGACCUUAAACAAUUAUUAUGCGGAAGCGGAGAAAAUCGGUGGGACAUCCUAUUUCGAAGGCUGCAUGGCUUGUAUUACGGCUUACGUCAUCUUCAUAUGUAUGGAGACCCGUUACGAAAAGGUUUUGAAGAAGAUUUCGAAAUAUAUUCAGGAACAAAAUGAGAAAAUCUAUGCCCCCCGAGGAUUGCUGAUUACGGAUCCGAUCGAGAGGGGGCUGCGUGUUAUUGAGAUUGCGAUCUACGAGGACAGGUGCAGCAGCGGCAGCAGUGGUACUGGGAGCAGCACAAGCAGUUGCAGCAGGGGCUAACAUCAGGCAACGGACCGAAUGGCUUUCACCAAACAACCUGCUCCUUUCCCUCUUCCCUUCCUGUGGGAAAGAGAAGUUUCUUUUGCAAUAACGAGACUUCUCAGUAUUUGAACAUCGCACGCUCAUCGUGACCCCUUCUCUGAAAGAUGAUAAGAGAAGAAAAGGAACUCAAAGCAAGUGAACUGUUGACACCGUCCUGCUGACUCAGAGACUUUGUUCUCAUCCGGAGUGCAACGUUGGAGAUGAUGAUGUAUUUACAAGUGUUUUUAAUGUAAAUAAUGUUCGUUAACGAUAAGUUGAUCUCUAAGACUGAUCUGAUUUUGACCUCCUCUACAAGAGUUCCUGAAUUCUGUCCUCCACCCACUCAAUCCUGCUCCUGGAUCUGGAUAGGAUUCAGUCCAGUGUGUGGCUCUUCCUCCUGGUCCUAAGCCAACCUGAAAGCCACUUGCCACUCUGAAGUUUCAUUUGAGGUGGCACAGCGGCUCAGUGGUUAGCAAUGCUGCCCAUCAGCGUCAGGGACCCACUCUCGUGCGAUUGUCCACAUGGAGUUUGCACAUUCUCCCUUGUGUCUGCAUGACUUUCCUCUGGGUCCUCCCCCCACCAAGUCCAAAGAUAUGCAGGUCAGGUGGAUUGGCCA